AUGUCUGCGGCGGUGCCGACGGCUCGCAAGCGCCCGGCACCGGACCAAGAAGCACGCGCUGCUGACGCGAACAAGCGACCGCGGCACAGCGGUCCCCGGAGCAUCGACGAGUUCGAGCUGUUCGAGGUGCUCGGCGAGGGUGCCGAAGGCGUCGUGCGCAGGGGGCGCGACCGCCGCACCGGCAAGAAGGUGGCGCUCAAAUGGAUCGGCCACCCCGAUCGCCGCGCGCUCGCCAUGGAGGCCGGCUGCCUCCACGUGUGCCGCGGCCACCCCUCCAUCAUCGGUAUCCAGGAUGUCGCCGCCGACCCUAGCACUGGGGACGUCCACCUUGUGUUGGAGCUGGUCCACGGCGGGGUAAGCCUCCGCGACUCCAUGUGGAGGCCCUUGUCCGAGGACGUGGUCCGCGUGAUGAUGCAGCAGCUCCUCAGCGCUGCCAAGAAGAUCCAUGGUGUGGGCUUCAUCCAUCGGGACAUGAAGCCAGAGAACAUCCUCGUCUGCCCUUUCGGCGAGCUCAAAGUGUGUGACUUUGGAUCGGCGACGCGACAGAAGCCCGCCGGGAAGGCGCAUGAGACCUCCCCCGUCGGGACGCUGCAGUACAACGCGCCGGAGCUGCUCGACGGCAAUUGGUACUACGGCCCGGCUGUCGACAUGUGGGGCCUCGGGUGCGUUAUGGCGGAGCUUCUAAGCGGUGAGACUCUGUUCCACGCAGAGACACAUGAGGAGAUGUUUGACGAGAUGUCCGAGCUUCGAGAUCGGAUGACCUCUGCAGCCGGAAAGCUUGAUCCAGAAUGUUUGGCAGAUCUGUCGGAGAUUGGGCGUUAUGUGCUGACGGGCCUGCUGGCCUUCUGCCCUGAGAAGAGGCUCACCGCGGCGGAAGCGCUUGAGCACCCGUGGUUCAAGAACUUCAAGUCACCCUGGACACAUGACAUUGUUUAG